AUUAUUUCGAAGAUGGGUAAUUUUGGAUUGCAACAACAUUACGAGACUGCCAAGAAGACGGGAGCACUGAGAUUGUCUCAAAAGAAACUGGACGAAUUUCCAUCGAAUCUACGUACAUUGGCACAUCUUCUACGUAAUUUGGAUAUAUCUGAGAAUAAAUUUACUAGAUUACCCGACGAGAUUGGCGAGUUUACCUUGUUGAAACAGAUCAAUUUGAGUCGUAACAGGCUUACGACGUUACCAGAGAUUAUCGGUCUUUUAUUAAAAUUAGAAUGUUUCAAUGCCAGUUCGAAUUACAUCGAAAGGAUACCACAUUCCUUUUCAAAAUUAUCCCAUUUAAAACAAGUUAAUCUUUCUGAUAAUCGCAUUACCGAAUUCCCUUUAAUGUUUUGCGAUUUGAAACAUCUCGACAUAUUGGAUCUGUCGAAGAAUAAAUUGACGAUUAUACCGGACGCUGCUUUCUUACUUUCAGUGACCGAAUUAAAUCUUAAUCAAAAUCAAAUUUCUAUUAUAUCGGACAGAAUCGCCGAAUGUUCGCGUCUGAAGACGUUACGCUUAGAAGAAAACUGUUUACAAUUGAAUGCCAUACCAACCAGAAUAUUGAAAGAAUCUAAGAUAUCAAUGUUAGCGUUAACAGGGAAUCUCUUCGAGAUGAAACAAUUCGCUGACGUUGAAGGAUACGAUGAUUAUAUGGAAAGAUAUACAGCGGUGAAAAAAAAAAUGUUUUGAACUCAUCAAGAUUACGAACACAUCUCGUUGUCACGAAUUAAUAGAAACGCAUACAUAGUUUCUCACGUACUUUUUUUUAUUCCACCUCUCUUCCCAUACGCCGUCAAAUUUGUCAUCGUGUGUGUUCUUUAACGAUUUUGUACAUAUAUACACAUACACACAUAUUUGUAUCUAUUUCAUGCAAAUAUUAUGAAAAAUAAAUUAUAUCUUAUAUUUAUUUUUAA